AAAAAAGGGAAAAGAAAGCAAGGAGCACCGCACCACGCCACUCCACUCCACUCCCCUCCCCACCUCGAUCCAGCCAUGGCGGCCUAGGCCCCCCUAGGGUUCCCCGUCAUCCCCCCACCCAGGCGCCUCCUGCCGCUUCCUCCGCUCCCCACCCGGUGGUCGCGCUGCCCGAUUCGGCCGCCGGCGUCGAAUGGGAGGAGGCCACCCGGUGCUCGGAGCCGAGCGUGACCGCGCGCUGCCGACGCGGCCGGCGGUUCCCUGAGCUCGGCGCCCGAGGGGAACUCUCGGCGUCGGCGCCGGCGCGCGGGGUUUAGGGCGGCUGGCUGGUUCGGAGCGCGCCGCGCGCGCAAUGGGGGAUUUGAGGCGGUUCUGGUGGUGAGUCGCGGCGGCGGGUCUUUGGUUCUGCGAGCGCGUGAGUGGCCUGUGCUCGUGAAGGUGGUGGUGGGUGUCUAGCUGCUCCGUGAUCUGAUGAGCUCAGCUCCGGCGUCCCGCCUCGGUUUCUCCGCGCGUUUGCCCAGAACCCAGCUUCUUGGAUCAGGCCGUGCUCAUUUCGGCGCUUUUCUUCGGUUCUUUGGGGAAAGGUUGGAGCUUUGAGGUGGUGUUGCCUGGCGAGGGUGCGCGGCUGAGGAUUUCUGGGCGAUGAGGUCGGCGAUGGCGCGCGUUUGCCGCGACAGUCCGGGGUUCGGGUAGCCGGUUCUUCAAGCGGAUUUGGCUGCUGCUGCGUGGGAAGGGGGAGGUGGCGGCGGCAGCAGCAGCAGCAGCAGAGGAAGGGUUGCUUUGAAGCGGAAGGGAACCCGGCUGGCAUUACUGCGGGGAGCAUGGUGAGGUGCUAAGGAGGAACAGCUCCCGCAGUCGGUCAUUCUCGCCGUGUUCUUGUCCAAGGUCGUACUGGUGGUGGGAGAUGAACCUCUCCCCGCCCAAGAUGUCGGAGCCAUCCCCUGAAAGUGACGGGGAACAAAGGUGUCUGAACUCAGAGCUAUGGCAUGCAUGCGCAGGGCCCCUUGUGUCCCUGCCUGUGGUUGGGAGCCGGGUCGUCUACUUUCCUCAGGGCCAUAGUGAGCAGGUUGCUGCAUCAACUAAUAAAGAAGUUGAUGCUCAGAUCCCAAACUACCCAAACCUACCUCCACAAUUAAUCUGCCAGCUUCAUAAUGUCACAAUGCAUGCUGAUGCGGAGACUGAAGAGGUGUAUGCCCAAAUGACACUGCAACCAUUGAGCCCGGAAGAACAAAAGGAACCUUUUCUUCCAAUCGAAUUGGGUGCUGGUAGCAAGCAGCCAACUAAUUACUUCUGCAAGACGUUGACUGCAAGUGAUACGAGUACCCAUGGUGGAUUCUCUGUUCCGCGCCGAGCAGCUGAGAAAGUCUUCCCCCCAUUGGAUUUUUCACAACAGCCUCCAGUUCAAGAGCUGGUUGCAAGAGAUCUGCAUGAUAAUGAGUGGAAAUUUCGGCACAUUUUUCGUGGUCAGCCAAAAAGGCAUCUACUGACGACUGGUUGGAGUGUUUUUGUAAGCGCAAAAAGACUAGUAGCAGGGGAUUCAAUCAUCUUUAUCUGGAAUGAUAAUAACCAACUUCUCUUGGGAAUUCGUCGUGCAAAUCGUCCACAGACUGUAAUGCCCUCUUCUGUGCUUUCAAGUGAUAGCAUGCACAUUGGUCUUCUUGCUGCAGCAGCUCAUGCUGCAGCCACAAACAGUCGUUUCACUAUUUUCUACAACCCCCGGGCUAGCCCCUCUGAGUUUGUCAUUCCACUGGCUAAGUAUGUGAAAGCUGUUUACCACACGCGUGUGUCUGUUGGAAUGCGGUUCCGGAUGCUUUUUGAGACAGAGGAAUCAAGUGUUAGACGAUACAUGGGUACAAUAACAGGCAUAAGUGAUCUGGACUCAGAGCGUUGGCCAAACUCGCACUGGCGUUCUGUGAAGGUUGGUUGGGAUGAGUCUACAGCUGGUGAUAAACAGCCAAGAGUUUCACUAUGGGAGAUUGAGCCACUGACGACCUUUCCGAUGUACCCAACUGCCUUUCCAUUAAGGCUAAAGCGUCCGUGGGCUUCAGGACUACCUAUGUUCAAUGGUGGGAGGAGCGAUGAGUUCGCUCGUUAUUCUUCUCUCAUGUGGCUUCGAGAUGGAAACAGAGGGGCUCAGUCACUGAACUUCCAGGGACUUGGAGCAUCACCAUGGCUUCAGCCAAGAAUAGAUUAUCCAUUGAUGGGUCUGAAGCCAGAUACUUACCAGCAGAUGGCUGCUGCCGCACUGGAAGAAAUUAGAGCUGGGGAUCAUUUGAAGCAAACAUCUUCUCUACUGCCAGUCCAACAGACUCAAAAUUUGAAUGGUGGAUUAGAUCCUUUGUAUGGAAAUCCUGUUCUACAGCAGAUGCAAUUCCAAUCUCAGCAGUCACCCCUGCAAGCUGUGCAGCAAGGUUAUGGUCAGAAUGCAAGCGAAUCUGGUUUCCUUCAAAAUCAGCUGCAGCAGCUGCAGCUGCAAAAGCAGCAGGAGCCACCACAGCAGCAGCAGCAGCAGACACAAGUUCUGCAGCAACAAUCGCAUCAGGAAAUGCAACAGCACCUCUCAGCUAGUUGUCAUGAUAUUGCUAACGUAGCUUCUGGUGUGUCCGAGUCUGGAUCUGCUUGUCAAUCACAAUCUUCUUUGCUUUCUGGGUCAUCGUUCUAUCAACAGAACCUCUUUGAUGGAAACAAUGGCCCAGAUCUGCAUCUGCACAACAGUUUCCACAACUUUUCAAGCCAAGAGUCCUCCAACCUUCUUAAUCUCCCAAGAAGUGGCCAAUUAAUGGCAUCAGAGGGAUGGCCUUCAAAGAGGUUGGCUGUGGAAUCUCUUGCUGGUCAUGAGCUUCAACCUGUGCAGCUCAAGCUUGAGAAAGUGAAUCACCAGAGUAAUGUAUCUCACGUUUCUGGCACCUUGCCGCCAUUGUCAGCAAGAGAUGGUUCUAGUGCCCAGGCUUGUGGUACAAAUGUUCAGAGUAACCUGCUUUCAUCAUCAUUUGCUAUCCAUGAUGGCUUGUCAACCGUCAGGAGUGGUGGUGUUGGCAGUGGAACUGAUGCGAUAACCAUAGCUUCGUUGAGAUAUGGUGAUAUGAAUUUGCUACCUGAAAACUCCAUAGCAACGUCCAGUUGUUUGGGUGAAUCAGGAACCUUCAAUUCUCUUGACGAUGUUUGUGGUGUAAACCCAUCACAAGGUGGAACCUUUGUGAAGGUUUACAAAUCAGGGUCCCUCGGGAGAUCGCUCGAUAUCACCAGAUUCAGCAGCUACUACGAGUUACGUAGCGAGCUCGAGCGGUUAUUUGGUCUUGAAGGCCAAUUGGAGGACCCUGUAAGAUCAGGCUGGCAGCUUGUAUUCGUCGACCGGGAAAAUGAUAUUCUUCUCGUCGGCGACGACCCGUGGCAGGAGUUUGUGAAUAGCGUAUGGUGCAUAAAGAUCCUCUCGCCACAAGAUGUGCAGCAGAUGGUCCGCGGCGGAGGCGACCUUCUGUCUGCACCUGGAGCGAGGAUGCUGCAGAGCAGUGUCUGCGAUGACUAUUCUGCAGGCCACGACAUGCAGAACCUCACCGGCAUCAUUGCACCUGUGGUGCCUCUGGACUACUGAGACUGAGAUGAAGACCGGAAUCUGAAGUUCUGAACCAAAACCAGCAAUUCAGCACCGGAGGAUUGCCAUCCACAAGUCGUUUCAGUUCCUAUGAUCUUCUCUCAUGUCCUGUUGGUCAGAAAUAACCUAGUCAUUAAUAUAGCUAGAUGAGAUGAUCCCUUGUAUCAUUAUGGUAAUGGACAUGUUGUACGAUAGCUACUGUAGCUAUGUGAUAGCCAUAGCCUAAGCUCUAAAUGGCAGGGAAGAAUUGUUCUAUGAAAGUAUGAAUGCAGGCACUCACUGUAGAGGUGAUCUAGCCCUGUAGUUCUCUAUAUUAUCUUAUAUCGAAAACUGAUGGUUCCUUGUGGCGCCUAAACUA